CUAAAGGCACCACCUUCCAUGGUCAGUAAUGAACAACGCCAGCAUGCAGAGCACAUAUUCCUAUCAUUUAGGAAAUCCAAGUCACCAUUUGCAGUUUGCAGGCAUAUUUUGGUUCUUCAUGCUUUGGAAGUAACAGUUGAAGAGAGGUGAGGAAAGUUUGUGAAAAUUGUGAUCGGUGAUUAGCUGCCACCUGCCUGAGGUGUCUUCUGAGAGGAACUAACCUCUUUGUGGUGCUAGAGCAAGGUCACUGGAUUAAAAACAGAACAGAAACCAGUAAAGUGGACUAUGUCCUUUUUCAAGCUGCCACAGCCAUAAUGGAAGCAGUUGUCCGAGAGUGGGUUCUCUUGGAGAAAGGCAGCAUCGAGUCCCUGAGAACAUUCCUCCUCACCUAUGUCUUGCAAAGGCCUAACCUCCAAAAGUAUGUUCGGGAACAGAUUCUGUUAGCAGUAGCAGUAAUUGUGAAAAGAGGAUCACUAGAUAAGUCAAUUGACUGCAAAAGCAUUUUUCAUGAAGUCGGCCAAUUGAUAAGCAGUGGCAAUCCCACUGUGCAAACUCUGGCCUGUUCCAUUCUAACUGCACUAUUGAGUGAGUUCUCGAGUUCAAGUAAAACUAGCAACAUUGGAUUGAGUAUGGAAUUCCACGGCAACUGCAAACGAGUUUUUCAGGAAGAAGACCUUCGCCAGAUCUUCAUGUUAACAGUUGGAGUUCUGCAGGAGUUCAGCAGGCGGGAGAGCCUCAGUGCUCAGAUGUCUUCAGUGUUUCAGCGGUACCUUGCAUUAGCCAACCAAGUCUUGAGCUGGAAUUUUCUCCCUCCAAAUUUGGGCAGACAUUAUAUAGCUAUGUUUGAAUCCUCACAAAAUGUGCUGUUGAAGCCAACAGAGUCCUGGCGGGAGACUCUUCUGGACAGCAGAGUCAUGGACCUUUUCUUCACAGUACAUCGAAAAAUCAGAGAAGAUUCAGAUAUGGCACAGGAUUCUCUACAGUGCCUUGCCCAGUUAGCUUCUCUGCAUGGACCCAUCUUCCCCGAUGAAGGAUCCCAGGUUGAUUAUCUAGCACACUUCAUUGAGGGCUUGCUGAACACUAUCAAUGGAAUUGAAAUAGAAGAUUCUGAAGCUGUGGGAAUCUCCAGCAUUAUCAGCAAUCUGAUAACUGUGUUCCCUCGGAAUGUUUUAACUGCCAUCCCCAGUGAACUUUUCUCCUCCUUUGUUAACUGCCUCACACAUCUCACUUGUUCUUUUGGGCGAAGUGCUGCGUUGGAAGAAGUGCUUGACAAGGAUGACAUGGUAUACAUGGAAGCAUAUGAUAAAUUGCUGGAGUCCUGGCUAACUUUGGUCCAAGAUGACAAGCAUUUCCAUAAAGGCUUUUUUACUCAGCAUGCUGUUCAAGUUUUCAAUUCCUAUAUUCAGUGCCACCUUGCUGCUCCGGAUGGCACAAGAAAUUUGACUGCCAAUGGUGUGGCCUCUCGUGAGGAAGAAGAAAUAAGCGAACUUCAAGAAGAUGAUCGAGAUCAGUUUUCUGAUCAACUAGCCAGUGUGGGAAUGUUAGGAAGAAUUGCCGCCGAACACUGUAUGCCUCUUCUGACAAGUUUAUUAGAAGAAAGGGUGACAAGACUCCAUGGUCAGUUACAGCGACAGCAGCAACAACUACUUGUUUCACCUGGAUCAAGCACCAUUGACAACAAAAUGCUUGAUGAUCUCUACGAAGAUAUUCACUGGCUUAUUUUAGUUACAGGCUACCUCUUAGCUGAUGAUACUCAGGGAGAGACUCCGCUAAUACCUCCAGAAAUAAUGGAAUAUUCCAUUAAGCAUUCAUCUGAAGUUGACAUUAAUACAACACUUCAAAUUUUGGGAUCUCCAGGAGAAAAGGCUUCUUCCAUCCCAGGGUACAGCAGAACAGAUUCUGUGAUUAGGCUGUUGUCUGCUGUGCUAAGAGUCUCAGAAGUUGAAUCUCGAGCAAUAAGAGCAGAUCUCACUCACCUACUAAGCCCUCAAAUGGGCAAAGAUAUUGUUUGGUUUCUAAAACGCUGGGCCAAGACUUAUCUCCUGGUAGAUGAAAAACUGUAUGAUCAGAUAAGUUUGCCAUUGAGCACAGCCUUUGGAGCAGAUACAGAGGGUUCCCAGUGGAUUAUCGGCUACCUCUUACAGAAAGUCAUCAGCAAUCUGUCAGUCUGGAGUAGUGAGCAAGACCUUGCAAAUGACACUGUACAGCUCCUUGUCACAUUGGUCGAAAGAAGAGAAAGGGCAAACUUAGUUAUUCAAUGUGAAAACUGGUGGAACCUGGCGAAGCAGUUUGCAAGCCGAAGCCCACCUCUUAAUUUCUUGUCGAGUCCAGUGCAGAGGACACUGAUGAAGGCUCUGGUCUUAGGAGGUUUUGCACAUAUGGACACAGAAACCAAGCAGCAGUAUUGGACGGAGGUCCUUCAGCCUCUUCAGCAGCGCUUCCUGAGAGUGAUAAACCAAGAGAACUUCCAGCAGAUGUGUCAGCAGGAGGAUGUUAAGCAGGAGAUCACUGCCACGCUCGAGGCCUUGUGUGGCAUUGCUGAGGCCACCCAGGUCGACAAUGUAGCCAUUCUUUUUAAUUUUUUAAUGGACUUCCUUAACAAUUGCAUUGGGUUAAUGGAAGUAUACAAAAAUACUCCAGAAACUGUCAAUCUCAUUAUAGAAGUUUUUGUUGAAGUUGCACAUAAACAGAUAUGCUAUCUUGGAGAGUCCAAAGCUAUGCAUUUAUAUGAAGCCUGCCUUACUUUGUUGCAAGUAUAUUCUAAGAAUAAUCUAGGGCGGCAAAGGAUAGAUGUUACAGCGGAAGAAGAGCAGUACCAGGACCUGCUUCUCAUUAUGGAGCUUCUCACUAACCUUCUCUCCAAGGAGUUCAUAGACUUCAGUGACACAGAUGAAGUAUUUAGAGGACAUGAGCCAGGACAAGCAGCAGGCAGAUCUGUGUCAGCAGCUGAUGUCGUUUUAUAUGGAGUAAACCUAAUUCUGCCCUUAAUGUCACAAGAUCUUUUGAAGUUUCCAACCCUUUGUAAUCAAUACUACAAAUUGAUCACAUUUAUUUGUGAGAUUUUUCCUGAAAAAAUACCCCAGCUUCCUGAAGAUCUGUUUAAGAGUCUGAUGUAUUCCCUAGAACUAGGAAUGACAUCAAUGAGUUCAGAAGUAUGCCAGCUCUGCCUCGAGGCCUUGACACCAUUAGCCGAACAGUGUGCUAAAGCACAAGAAACGGAUUCACCACUUUUUCUAGCAACUCGGCACUUCCUUAAGCUGGUUUUUGAUAUGCUGGUAUUACAAAAGCACAACACGGAGAUGACUACUGCAGCCGGAGAAGCGUUCUACACAUUAGUGUGUUUGCAUCAGGCCGAGUAUUCUGAACUGGUUGAGACAUUACUGUCAAGUCAGCAAGACCCAAUUAUUUACCAGAGAUUAGCAGAUGCCUUCAACAAGCUCACUGCAAGCAGCACUCCUCCUACCCUGGACCGGAAGCAGAAGGUGGCCUUCCUAAAGAGUUUAGAAGAAUUUAUGGCAAAUGUUGGUGGUCUCCUUUGUGUAAAAUAAACAACAGAGCUAUAUUCUUAACUUAGAUCCUUUCUGCAAAGUGCACUGAAUUGCUGAAAGUUGACUUGAGUCUUGGCCUAUUCCUCAGUUCAUUUGACCAUUUGGAUAUUGGAGAGCCUGAGACUUCUUCGAUGUGGAAUUUGGUGAAACAGGAGAGGUCAACUUAAAAUCAGCUUCUGUUAUUAGGUGUUAGCCAUGAUCUGCCAUAUACUUGUCUUCUAGAUUCUGAAUGGUAAUUUAAAAUUUCAAAAUGCAAUUCCAUAUAUGUGCAAACAGAUAUGGGCACCAUGAAAUUCAUAUUCAGUGCCUUUUGCCCUUUUAUCAAAGCAUAGGUGACUAGCCAAAGGUGGUAUGUUCUUGGCAUUAUUCUUCAGAAUAUCCAUAGAUUCCCUUCAUCACUUGGGGAGCUGGUUGUUAAGAGUGGAGUCUUGAGCCCUGCUGUACAUCACCAGAGUACCUGGUUGUUGAGCUCUGGAGUCUCCAUUUUAAGAAGCCCCUCCCCCCUUCUUUAUCCUAAAUGUUUUUGACUCAAUGCAAGAGAUGGUGGAAACUCGAAAGAGAUUUUGUGCUUUCCAACUCUUCCUCCCUUCAGUGAUUAUAAUUAUGCAGGAAGAAAAUUCAUCACCAAGUGUCUGUUAGUUUCAUAGUUCAUCUUCUCCCCCCCUUUCUCAUCUUCAUCCUCAGUGUUACAGGUUUUGUGUAAUUAUGGCAGGUUUCUAAUCAGACUGUGAUGCCUGAACUUGAGGAAAAUACGUGUAUAUUUUUUGUUCCGUAAAGUUAACUUUAGGAACUGUAGCCAUUUCAUUGCCUUAAUUUUUCGAGGAAAAGACAAACCAGAUUUGUUUAGAGAGAAAUUGGUCUCAACACAUAAGAGUUGACUUAGGGUAUUAGCUGCUAUGACCCUCCUGCCCCUUUGAUUAUGUAUUUAUGUGAGUUUCCCAGUGAAACAAGAGGAGCAUCCCCAUGUGGUUACCUCUCAGUGUGUUUCUGUUCAGCCACACAGCCAGUAUCUACUCUGAAUGGCUUGCUUAAGCAAUAACUUUUUAAUGGAUGUGAAUUACCAGUUCACACAGACUAUUGCACAUUGGGGCAUUAGGGGCAAUAAUUAUGCUAAAGUGGGUGUUGCCCUCAGGGGCCACACUAAUUCAGUUUCAGAGAUUCAAAUUUUAACUUUAGCCAGGCAUGGUGGUGAAUGCCAGGCUAGUCUGGGUUACAAAGUAUGAUUUGUUCUUUCAAAAAAGAGAGAGAGACAGAGAGAAAAGAAAAAUUCACUUUAGAUCCUCUGGCUUUUCUAAUCAGGAUUUUUAUACUGCUACCAUGCUCCACUUAAUUUUGUGUGCCAGUUUUAAUUAUGAAAAUGAAAGCUCAUUUAUAAACAGCAGUCCUCUGAAACGUGCACUGCAGGACCAGUCACACAGUGCAGUGGCAACAAAGAGGCCUCUGACCCAGGUGCAUUUGAGACUGUCGGAGGGGCAGGCUCCUCUGCUGUUUUUGACACCUCUCUGCUAAACCAUCCAGCAGGUACUGGCCUACCUGAACUGCACAGUGUGCAUCUUAACGUCUGGUGCUCUGAAGACUGUGUAACUACAACAGAGCAUCCUGUACCUGUGAUGGGAGGUGUGAGUGGGUACAGAGCUGAGGCCAUAACUUUUUGAGAACCCUUCUAAAUUGAUCACCAUUCAGUAAUGGUAAGAAUGGAAGAGGAAAAAAAAAAUCUCUAAAUACAAGAAGAAAAACAAUAUUAUUCUCUAACUACAUGCUUUGUAUUUUAAACACUUAAGAGUGUUUUUAGAUUUUUUUUUUUUCUCCUGAAGUGGUCUGCAGCAGUAAUCACUCUGUUUUGUGUUGUUCUUGACAUCUGUGUUUCUUCAGCGGGUGUGGUGUGUGUGUGUGUGUGUGUGUGUGUGUGUGUGUGUGUGUGAGGUAUGAGCCUUUUGCCAAAAGGCACAAAAUCAAGUUCAAGUAGAGAUGGGUAGGAACGGGUGCUUUGGUAAGUAAAAAGGCAUCUGUGUAUAACUUCUGUACGGACAGAACUAUAUUAAAUUGCUCAGAUCCUACUAUGAUACUCAAUUCUGUUACACCACUUUUAAUAGAAGGAAGAUUUGUUUUAGAUUGGACCAAAUAAUGCUUACAUGAUCACCAGAAUGCUGAUUAGUGGCUGAUUGAGGGUGAAAAGACACCACCAUAUUUCAGAUAAUGGGAAUGCCACUUAAUUGUACCAACCAGACUUUUCAGGGUGUGUGUGUGCAUUUGUUUGCUUUUUUGGGUAUUUGUUUAGUUUGGUCUUUUAUUUUGUUUUUACAUGUGCUUUAUGAACUUCUGAACUUCAUUGCUGUUCCACUUUCUUCUUGAAGCUCUUGUCCUAAUGGGUAUUGAGGCCAUGAACUUCAUGUUCAAAAACUAGUUUUUCCAAUUGAAAUUGACUUAAGUUGUUGAAAAUAUUUUUAACACAAAAAGUCAUUUGUGCCCUUUUAAAAAUACAUGUUAGUAAAUACAUCUUUCAAAAAAAUACAUGUUAAAGGACACUGUCAAGUAAUUGAUUUUUCAUCUUUUGUGUUAAAUUUCAUUUGUUCAUAAAGUAUCUUUUAACCUCUAUUUUUCCUUACUUUUGUUCAUGUUAGCUCAUUUUGUGCCUCUUGACUCUUUCUUUCCCAGGUCGUAGUCACUAAGUAAUCAGAGUCGCUAAGGAGGUUGUAUGCUAACAGUGGUGCUAAUGUAACAGCUCCUAAACUCUGCUCUUGUUGGCCUCUGCAAAGGGUAGUUUGAUGCCUUGGUGUUGGGUUGAUGUAUUUGACAGUGUCCUAAUGUAGUAGUUGAGUCUUAUUCUGGUGGAAGACUGUGUUAUGUAAACACCCCUGUAUUGUUUUUGUCUGAUAAAAUUGACAUUUUUGUAAACUUUGUAAGCUUUUCCCAAAACUUAAACACUUCAAAUUUAUUGUAUGGAAAAAUAUCUAAUGAUAAUCAAAUACUGUGUCACAAUUUUCACUUAAAAACCAAACAGACCUGUAAUCUUCCCCACUCAACAUCACUCAACACUCUUCCUGCAGUCAAGACUGUGUAAUCAUCACCUGUCUCUCAUCUCUGUUAAUAUUUGUAUGAACCCCUCAAGUACUGAAGGGACACUAGCUGUCAGUUUUCAGUAUUUCAAAUUGGAGUCUCCUAGGGGAUAGGUAGUGUUGACAGAACCCUGAAAAUAUUUUUCUUUGUUUUGCAUUUACAUAUAUCUUGUUUGCCAUCUCUUUGUUAGAGGUGAUUGUCAUUGGCACUAAGUUAGCUGUGUCUUUUGAGUGAUUGUCACUAUCAGUUCCAAGUCUGAAGGAAUUGUAGUGUUGGUCAGAUGUCUCUUGUUUUCCUCCAAGAAUAAGGAACUCAUUUGGAUAUGAGGUUUUUAACAUUAUAAAUUUUCUAUAAAACUUCCCACAGAAUAACAGAUGAUUUGGGGAUGUACAGUAUUUUUAAAUUAUUUGAAAAUGUAUGUAAAUGAGUGUUUUCUGACUUUUUCUGAAAACACUACAUUUCUUUAAAACUUGACUUUUCUAGAAUUAGAAAGAAAAAUGUCCAAAUUAGACAUCUUACUGAAUUCAAGUUGGUUUAAAGGGCCAUGGCUCAAGUUUAACUUCAUUUUUCCUUAGGCAUAAGAAUUAUGAAGUGUUCCUGGUUGAUUAUAAGGGGAAACCAUGACUUUUAUAUAGCCAAAGAGUACAUUUGGUUCAGGUCAAAAUAGAAGAUUAAUAAUGGACAUUCAUAUUGCUAGUUUUGAAGAUGGUUGAACUGUUUCUGUCCUAUAGAUGUGUACAUGGAAGUCUCUGUAAAGACUGAAAUAUUCAGCUGUGGUGGUGGUUCCCUCCUGUAGAGUGGGAGAUGUGUGACUGGCACUAGGCAGCUCCCUGUACCCACUGUGGCCUGCUCUUCACCUGUUCCCAGAACUUCCCAGUUGUGGGAAGGUUUGGAUUUCUUGUCCUGUCUGCAUUUUUAGGCCUCUUAGCUAUUAGGAGCUGUCAGGUAUGUACUGGCGGCUAAUUUUCAUAGCCUGAAGUAAUUUACCAUGUCUGCACUAUGAACCUACUGGGGGUGGGGGUGGGGAAUCUGACCUCAAGUGUGCUCUAAGCCCAGGUUUCCUGGUGUGGUGUCCUUUACCACGAAAUUAUGACAAAUUGCAAAUCCUGGUAUUGUGAUCUUAUUCUCUGUACAAAAAAGUUCUAUGCAGUGAGCUGUGGUUUAAUGGUCACAGAAUGUCAGCACUGCUAUCAUUCAGCACGUGUAACAUUUUUAAAUUUAUAAAUAUUAAAAUUUUAAACUUACACUAAGACUUUUUAGUUUCUUUUUUAAGAGACCCAGGGAUGAAUAUACUGUCUAAAUAUUUACCUCUAUUAAUAAAACUAUUGAAGGCAUUUAACUUUUCAAAAGAUACUUCAGUAUGAUUAGGAAAUAAACCAAGGCUAUGUGUUAAACCAAUUAUAACUUGAAUAUCAAAUUGAUAAAACUUUAUUUGUAUUUUUUAAAUCCUUCAAUGGGCGUUAAAAUAUGUUUUCACUAAAUAUUUUUAUUACA